CGCGCACACUUAUUGCGCAGAAGGAAGUGCGACGACUUCCGGUUUUGUGCGGAACCUAAUCGCCGUCCUAGGUACCUGCUCCGCUAUUUCGCUAUAGUAAAGCAGGUUUGCUGCCUAUUACUGCGCUAAGUGGCGCCUUGUGAUUAAACUCAGCGUUAACUCCACUCAGGCUGAUUCGUGACCGACCGAGCGCGGCGGGAGCUUUUUUACUCGCCGCUGUUGCGUCGCUUGGGCCUUUGUAGCUGUUCGGUUCCACGGUUUUGGUUUUUUUUUAACCCUUUGCAGUGGCGGCGGAAGGUGGAGUUUGAAACCCACCUCAGUUUGUUACCAUGGUGAAGAAGAACAGCAUCCCCGGAAGAUGGAGGUCUCUGACAGCAGUGGGUCAGCGGAUUCCAGGAUCACGAUUUAUUGCGUUUAAAGUACCUUUGAAAGGGCAAGCAAAUCAGCGAGUUACCCCAACUCAGAAAUUCACCCCAAAAGAUUUGCUGACUGAAGUCAGAUCAAGAGAUGAAGAUCUUGGACUAAUCAUAGAUUUGACAAACACAGAACGGUACUAUACAGACAAGGAUUUGCCAAGAAGUGUGCAAUAUAUAAAGCUGUACACAGCUGGGCUGCAAAUACCAGAAGAUGCCACAAUUCAUCAGUUUAAAAGAAUUGUAAGAAGGUUUAUUUGGCAAAAUACAGACAAUGACAAGCUUAUUGGAGUUCAUUGUACAACUGGUAUUAACAGGACUGGUUACCUAAUAUGCAGGUACCUGAUUGAUGUUGAUGGAUGGGAUCCAGAUACUGCAGUAAAUGCUUUUGCACAGGCUCGAGGUCAUCCUAUAGAGGGAGUUGUAUACACAGAAGAUCUUUUAAAUGGACCAACAAGAAGUAAUCUGGGUAUAGACCAGCCUCCAUCUGAAGAUGCACCUAGCGAACUUUAUAGUCAGUUGGAAGAUUGGAGGCCAGAGAAGCAAUCUGCUCUUCAGCGCACACAGCGAGAUUUUGUUGCAGAUGACUAUGGGGAUUUUGAUGCACGUAAAUUGCCGUUGCCACCUCCUUUGCCAACAGAGAGACCAAAGCCUACUAAGCUUUUUGAAGAUGACAAGGACUUUUUAACCACUAUGCCAGAAUAUAUAGAAAGAGUUCGGAUAGCACGAGCAUUAGAGCGUCAAAAACAAGAGGCCCUCAAAAUAUCUGCAAUUAGAGAGAGUACGCUUCCUGCACAUGAAACAAAUACUUCUGAGCUGCAUCAGAAAAGGAAUUAUUUGAAUAGUUCUUUAACUUCAGGUCAACCUCAACCUCGAGUUUACAACAGUGUGGCAGAAAUUACGGAGGAGAUACGGCGCAACCGUUCCAUGCAAUCUGAGUCUGGGCGUCUUGUGGAAAGUCAGAGCCGUUCCGUAUCUGGCUCAAAAGAAGAUAUGUCAUUAGAUGGAAAGCAUGAACGUUUUGAUUAUUGUAGCAGGAGGACAAUGGAUAGAAUAAUUCCGGCUAAUGGCUCGCAGUCUCUGGAAUUUUCGCAAAGAAUGGGGGUUAGACACAAUAAUUAUUCUGACGCCACGCCUGGACCAGCAGCACCCUAUUCUUCUCAUCCAAAGUCAGUACAGAAUUUUACUGCUGAAAUGUAUAAGACUGAUAGUGGAAAGACAGACACUCAACGGCAGUUUCAGUACCAACAUGCUUCAGACUUUUCCACCAACAUGGCACCCCUGGAUAGAAAUGAAUUACGUUUUGGAGAAAGACAAACUUACAAUUUAAACUCUAACAUUCCAACAUCACGAAAUGAACUUCAGCAGCUUCUUGAAAUGCAGGCUCGCAGUCGCCAGGAAAUCCCUGGAUUGUAUCAGAGAGAGAGAGAAGUAGCUCUGGGAACUUUGCAUGGCCAGCGCAUUGAUGGACUUUCUGAUGUAAGAAAGCACCAAGAGGAAAAACAGUUUCUAAUGAACAAAGUCAAAUUUAUGAACAGCAGUGAGAGUGCUGCGGGCACAAGUAAUUAUGAUAUAAGGUCAUUUCAGGAAAGAAGUACUAUUCCGACUGCAGAUUUCCAUGGGACCAACAGAUUUUCACCAUAUCAGCCACCUAUGAGACCACAGCAAAGUUAUGAUUUCUUAAGAGCCAGGGAGCCAGGCCCUACAUUAUAUGAGAACAGAGAGCAACGUGUGGCAUAUGACUAUAAUAUGCAUAAAGGCGAAUCGCCUAUGGACAGAUAUUUGCUCCAGGACAGAAACAGAUUACAUCUUAAUUGAUUUUGUUUUGAAGCUGUCAGAUAUACUGACCCUUUUUUCAUUGUUGUGUUGCCUGUGUUUCAUGUUAGAUGUGCCUAGAUAUUUGCUUCUCUUUUGUUCAUUCAGAGCAGCUGUUAAUGGGUAGCCAAAAUUGAAAUACAGUACCAAGUUUUAGUAAGAUUACCUAAAAUAACAUUUAUUUACAUACAUGAUAUAUGCCUUUUUUUCCCUCGGCUAGCUGGUUGCUAAGGGUGGAUUCGAAAUAGCGGCUAAUCACGGCACUAAGUGCUGCAGGUUCUGACUGCUGCGGGGAAAAUGACAGAGGCAACUAAGCAACAGUUGCCAUACACUUAAAAAUCAUUUUUGCUUCACAGUGGUGGCCUUAACGUGGCGUUCAACUUCUGACUUAUUCAUUUUGAUUGAUUGCAAGCUUGUUUGAUAAGUCAAAAAAACCUUUCAAUAAUAUUCAGAUUCAGCUGAAAAACCACUUCUCCUGAAUCUGCUUCUACCCUACCCCCCGCCCCCCUCCAUAACUUACUGCUGUGAUCAGCUGCAAUUAUUAAAAACCAGGCUUGGCAAUCACCUGCAUAAGUGGGUUGGGGGAAUUAGCAGAGACAUAUUAUGGUAAAUAAUAAUGGCUGGUAAUUAAGUAAUUGUAUAAAUAUUUAGCAAAUUGUUACUGUAGUGAAAGCACAGAUCCAUUAAGAACAUUGGUAAUGUAUAAGCCAUACGUUUUUGUUUCUAUUACAUUAUGAAGCUGUACAAAUAUUGCAAAGGAAAUUCUUUAUACUUGACCUACUGUAUAUUUGUUCUUAAACAGUCCCUUUUGUCACA